AUGACAAGAAAAGAACUACAGAAGAUUGAAGAAAAGUCAAAAUCCUUGAUACAAAGACUGUGUGACACCAGCCCUCGCAGCCCAAGAGAAUUAUGCUAUAAUCAGGGAUCGUCAAAAUGUUACUGCAAAGGAGGUCUGGCUGACUGUUCUGGAAAAUUGCAUGUGCCUAAUAUAUCUUACGCUCCCAGGUUCAAACCCAACAUCAAAUGCCUCAUUUUGGCUCAUAACAACAUCAGAGGCUUGACUGACAGCUUCUUUGCCAAUGUUUCCCAGUUUGUUGCCAUCGAUCUGAGUUCCAACAAACUGCAAACGAUCUCCAGCCAAACAUUUCGUCGUUUUACCGAUCUUAAAUAUCUCAUUCUCAACGACAACGUCCUUGGUCUGAAAAAUCUGUACCCAGUCUUUAAUUACCCUCCCAGUCUGAGACUAGAUAUUGUCGGCCUGGAUCUUCCAGCGCUACCGGUCAAUUACUUUGAUAAUUGUUCAGUUAUUCACACAUCACAGAUCUACAUGGAUAGUAAUUACAUGCCAGUCCUUGACCUUAACGUUUUCGCUAAGCUAGAUAAACUUGAGUACUUAAGUGUUACUUUUUCCAACAUUGGAAAAGUCAUUUCCGCUCCUCUGUGUAAUCUCAAAGUGUUAUAUUUAGAUAACAACACUAUUUCAGCAUUCCCAGAAACUUGCCAGAAUGCAAUCAACAUUAACAACUCAAAUUUUGACUCUAAAAGCGCAUGUGCAAAUUCAGAAAAAAGGGGGUAUUCCUUUAGCGAUGAAAGAACUGCAUUGUUUCCACGUUUAACUCAACUCUAUUUGGGACAUAAUGAAAUCGUUUCACUGCCUCAGAAAGAUCAAUUCUGUCUUUCAAAGGUUGUCAUCUUAAACCUUCAAACUAACAAUAUAUCGGAAAUUUCUGAAGGUGCAUUUACUUCUCUACGCUCUCUGAAAGCUCUUCACUUGGACAGAAUGAAUAACGGCAUCACUAAGAUUGGAUCAUCAGCUUUUAACAUACCUGCCCUAACAAGUCUGUACUUGUCCAGGAACAGAAUACAAUUUGCCAGUAAAGACGUCAGCACCAAAAUGCUGCAGGGAUGUACUAAAGUACAUGUACUCGCCAUUGACCACAAUAGUUUAAACGGCAUGACCGAUGAUAUGUUCGAGGAGUUCCUGAAUUACACCCCGUCUUUAAAAUACAUUUUCAUGUCAUCCACCGAAAUGCAAAUUAUACCAGUGACAGCCUUUUCCAGGUUGCAGAAGCUAGAGAAGCUGUUUAUAUACGUCAACGCCAUCACAGAAAUCCCACCUGGAGCCUUUGAUAACAUGCUGUCCCUGCGCUACCUAUACAUGGAUGAGAACCACAUUUCCACUCUCAAAGAAAACGCCUUUUCACCCGAGACACGACUUCGCUUGCAAGCGAUCAACCUUAGCAAAAAUCCCUACCUCUGCGACUGUGACUUACUCUGGUUCCGAUCUUGGGCUUUGGAAGCUGGACCAAAACAGUUCAUGGAUUUUAACUACUAUCUAUGUUCAAACAUGCCCAACACAUCUGUCCAAAGCUACAGCUUGAGUAAACAAGCUUGCCUGUUCAGUCGUCAGGCUUACAUUCUAUUCACGGUGUGUUUGUCGAUCCUGUUCGUGUUCUUUCUUGCGUUCGCUGUGUUGUACCGAUACAGAUGGGAUAUCCGCCUGCUGAUGUAUGAAAGGCGAGCUUCUCGCAGGAUCGCCACCGAUGCACCAGGUGGUUUUCGCUACGACCUCUUGUGGUUUACUUUUGUUGCGACUAUAGAAUAUCAAAUGGUAUAUUCAACUCAUAACUUUUCCUGUCUCUACCAGAACAAAUGGCGCCUACAGACGUGCAUUCAUCAGCGAGACUUUAUAGCUGGAGGCUUCAUUAUCGACAACAUCGUGGAGGCCAUGAACGCCAGCAGACGCAUCCUUGUGGUCGUCAGCUCCAGGUUCAGCCAAAGCAAUUGGUGCAAUUUUGAGCUGCAGAUCAUCCAGUCCCACAUCAUCACCCACGACCUUCCAUCUCUGCUGGUCAUAGUUCUGGACAACAUCGAGCCCCGUGACAUGAGGGCACCCAUGCUAGCUCUAUACAACACCACCUGCUGCUUGGAAUGGCCUACAGAAACCAGGGGAAUCAACACGUUCUGGAAACGUCUGGAGAAAAGCUUGGUUACCGUUCUUGACAACCGAUUGCAUGACACCAGCGUUAUGGUUGUUGAUGACCGACCGCUUGGUUCCCUCCGGGAUGCUUCCUGA